AUGAGCGACGGAAACAUCACCACGGCCUCCAAUGUGCUGGGCACGAUCGGGACCGUCCUGUGGUGUAUUCAACUGAUCCCGCAGAUCUGGUAUAACUGGAGGCGAAAGAAGACGGAUGGACUGCCGCCGGCUAUGAUGUUUCUAUGGGCUAGUUGCUCGGUGCCAAUGGGGGUAUAUCUAAUAUUGCAACAAGUCAAUCUCGCGCUUCAAAUACAGCCGCAGAUAUUCGGGUUCUUUUCACUUGUCAGUUGGGGCCAGGUUCUGUAUUACAAUUACAACUACAGCAAAAUCAAAGCAACCUCGUUGGUCCUCGGCACGGCAGCGUUAUUCGGCGGACUGGAAGCACUGCUGAUUCUCACGUUGAGAAUCCCGUACAACAAGGGAGUCCACUGGCCAGACCUGGUGGUUGGGAUCAUUGCGGCUAUUCUUCUAGCAGCAGGGCUGCUGCCGCCAUACUUUGAAUUAUGGAAGCGAGAUGGUCGUGUAAUUGGAAUAAACUGGAUUUUCUUGUGUGUUGACACUUCAGGCGGCUUGUUCUCUCUUUUCUCGUUGGUUGCGCAGGGUUCAUUCGACAUUCUCGCCGGGAUCAUGUACAUUCUCGUCAUUGUCCUCGAGGGUGGGAUAUACAUGAGCCACAUCAUCUGGCGUAUUCGGUACCGGAAGCUGCGGAAAGAAGCGAAGUCAUCGGGGAAGAGCAUCGACGAUAUGCUCGACAGCAUGCAGGGAGACAGCCAGGAACAGGAUCUGAGUGAGGUCAGCAAGGGCAGCGUUGCUAGUGGUAAACCGGAUGAUGUGGAGAGCCAGAUGCCCAAGGCAGACGCAGGCCUGCCAGAGAAAGCUUGA